UCAGUGCGAGAAUCGAACCUCCGUCACAGCUUCGCAUGUGUUAAACUCCGCGUAAAUUACAUUUAGACUACUUUACCCACACGUCUAUUUUAUGCGUGUUUAAACGCUCUCGCAGAAGCUUAGUAAUUUGCUUUUAAACCGGGACGUGCUGGCCAGCCUGUACUACAGUAUAAUGUUUCCGGAAAAAGCCGAACGUAGCCGACACCGAGGGUGUAUAUGGACUAAGUGUUAGGGAUGCUGCUCUGUCAGAGAGCAGCCACCGCGGACGGUCAGGGAGCAGACCGCUGGCUUACCGGGAACCGACACUGAAAGGGGAAACCUCCACAGCCCGCCAGCUGAGCGCAGGAUUUACCCGACACCCCUCACAGUGCUUUACGGACCUUUUUUUCUCCUUUUCACCUCCGGGGGAUUUAGAGCAAGUGUUGCGGGACUGGAGGAAUUCGGAGACUCUUUCCUAACUGUCUCUAAUCUUAGGACCCUCCUGCUUUUCUUUAUUAUCAACAUCUUUUCCGAAAUGUCCAGGAAACCGUAGAUAAUGGUGACACUGUGUGAACGUGUGAGCUCAUAGCCAAUUAACAGCAGCGUCGGGACCAGCGGAGAGCGAACCAACAGUCAGAACAUGGACCUCAGAUUCAGACGGCUGUCGCCUCUCAGCAGGGCAGCUCUUCAUCUCCUGCUGCUGGCCAGACUGGUGCUGCCUUCUCACACAGAGAGCAUGCCCAGCUUCAUCAAGUCCCCUGACGAUCAAACAGGGAUUUCGGGAGGAGUGGCGUCGUUCGUAUGCCAGGCGGUGGGUGAGCCCAAACCUCGGAUCACCUGGAUGAAGAAGGGGAAGAAAGUCAGCUCUCAGCGCUUUGAGGUGAUCGAGUUUGAUGACGGCUCGGGCUCAGUGCUCCGUAUCCAGCCUCUGAGGACCCACCGCGAUGAAGCCAUCUAUGAAUGUACAGCCACCAACAGCGUGGGAGAGAUCAACACCAGCGCCAAACUCACCGUCUUAGAGGAGGACCAGAUACCCCACGGUUUCCCAACCAUAGACAUGGGGCCCCAGCUGAAGGUUGUGGAGAGAACUCGUACUGCCACAAUGCUGUGUGCAGCCAGCGGAAAUCCCGACCCAGAGAUCUACUGGUUCAAAGACUUCCUACCUGUGGACAUCAGCAGCAGCAACGGCCGCAUAAAGCAGCUGCGUUCAGGUGGUACACCAAUAAGAGGAGCGCUUCAGAUUGAGAACAGCGAGGAGUCGGACCAGGGCAAGUACGAGUGCGUGGCAGUCAACAGCGCUGGGACUCGCUACUCGGCUCCGGCUAACCUUUAUGUUCGAGUUCGCCGUGUGCCUCCACGUUUUUCCAUCCCUCCCACCAAUCACGAGGUGAUGCCUGGCGGGAGUGUCAACUUGACCUGCGUGGCGGUCGGCGCCCCCAUGCCAUACGUCAAGUGGAUGAGCGGUGAAGUGGAGCUGACCCGCGAGGAUGAGAUGCCUAUUGGCCGCAACGUCCUGGAGCUCACCAACAUCCGCCAGUCUGCCAACUACACCUGUGUGGCCAUAUCCUCCCUGGGCAUGAUCGAGACGACAGCCCAGAUCACUGUCAAAGCUCUUCCAAAGCCGCCCACCUCCCUCAUUGUGACAGAAACCACGGCCACCAGUGUCACCCUCACCUGGGACUCUGGCAACCCAGAACCUGUGUCCUACUAUGUGAUUCAGUACCGUGCCAAGCUGUCUGACAACGGUUUCCAGGAGGUAGACGGCGUUGCCACAACCAGAUACAGCAUCGGUGGCCUCAGCCCUUUCUCUGAAUACGAGUUUCGUGUCAUGGCCGUUAACAAUGUAGGCCGUGGGCCUCCCAGCGGUAUUGUGGACACACGGACAAGCGAACAGGCACCUUCAUCGCCACCUCUUCAUGUCCAGGCACGUAUGCUGAGCUCCAGCACCAUGCUGGUCCAGUGGGAAACUCCAGAGGAGCCCAAUGGCCAAAUCCGGGGAUAUCGGGUCUACUACAGCUCCGACCCUGAUGCCCCGCUCAGCGCCUGGCAGAAACACAACACAGACGACAGCCAGUUCACCACCAUCUCAGGCCUGACCACAGACAUCACCUACAGCCUGAGGGUGCUGGGCUUCACCUCUGUGGGAGACGGACCUCCUUCUGAUAUUCUACAGAUUAAAACCCAGCAGGGAGUUCCAGCUCAGCCGUCUGGUUUCGAGGCCGAGGCCGAGCUGGACUCACGCAUCAUGCUGUCGUGGCUUUGGCCUGUCCAGGACCCCAUCAUUAGCUUUGAACUGCUCUACUGGGAGGCCAACAAUCCUUCAGACAAGCAUCGUGUCACUUUCGACGCAGCGGGCUCAUAUGCAGUUGAUGGUCUAAAGCCAGAUACGCUGUAUAUGUUUUCCCUGGCGGCACGGUCCGAGAUGGGUUUAGGAGUCUUUACUCAGCCUAUUGAAGCCAGGACCGCCCAGUCCUCCCUGUCAGCUCCUCCCCAGGAGGUUCGCUUGCUCAGCCUCAGCUCCACCAGCAUCAAGGUGAGUUGGGUGGCGCCGCCCACAGACAGCCGGUCCGGGGAGAUAGUGAGCUACUCUCUAGCCUACCAGGCAGUGACAGGAGAGGACUUGAAGCGCCACCAGGUGUCAGGGAUCGGUGCUGAUGUCACCAGCUUCGUGUUGGAGGACCUGCACAAGUGGACCGAGUAUUUGGUGUGGGUGAGGGCUUACACUGACAUUGGGCCCGGCCCGGAGAGCUCUGCAGCCCGCAUCAGAACCAAGGAAGAUGUGCCUGGAGCUCCUCCCAGGAAGGUGGAGGCAGAAGCCCUCAACUCCACUGCCCUCAGGGUGACCUGGAAGCCUCCCCUGCCUGUGAAGCAGCACGGCCAGAUCAGAGGCUACCAGCUGGUCUACUCCAGGCUAGAGAACGGGGAGCCUCACGGCCAGCCGCUCAUCAUGGACGUCGCCCUGCCUGACGCCCAGUGGACUCAUGAGGACUCAGCGGACUAUGAGGCCAUUAUAACAGGUCUGAUCCCAGAAACUACCUAUUCAGUGACUGUGGCUGCAUAUACCACCAAGGGUGAUGGAGCUCGCAGCAAAUCCAAGGUGGUCACCACCACAGGAGCAGUGCCUGGAAAACCCACGAUGAUGAUCAGCACCACCAUAGGGAACACUGCCCUGAUCCAGUGGCAGCCCCCUAAAGAGAUGGUGGGGGAGCACGUGGGAUACCAGCUGCAGUACAAGAGAGCAGAGGAGGAGGCUUUUACUGUCAAAGACUUCAGAAAGACAGACGAUCAUUUCACCGUCACCGGCCUCCACAAGGGAGCCACCUACAUCUUUAAACUUUGCGCCAAAAACAGAGCAGGCAACGGGGAGGAAUACGUGAAGGAGAUCAGCACCCCUGAAGACAUCCCCAGCAGCUACCCACAGAAUCUCAGCGUGGUCGGCCUGACUGCAACCUCCACUAAGCUGGCCUGGGACCCCCCUCCUCUGGCCGAGAGAAAUGGCAAGAUUGUCAAGUACGUGGUGGUGUACCGAGAUAUCAACAGCCAUCACAACAACACCAACAUCACCACAGAAACACAGAUGACUGUCCAGGGUUUGCAGCCUGACACGACCUACGACAUCAGAGUCCAGGCUUUCACCAGCAAGGGUGGAGGCCCUAUCAGCCCCAGCAUCCAGAGCAGGACCAUGUCCACCUCAAUGCCAGAUCUUCCCUCAGUGUUCACCAAGAACUUUGGUGUGAAGGCUGUGAUGAAAACAUCAGUCCUGCUGACCUGGGAAGUGCCAGAAACCUACAAAUCUCAAGUUCCUCUCAAGAUUCUGUACAACCAGCAGAGCGUGGAGGUUCAAGGCAACCUGAAGAGGAAGCUGAUCACACAGCUGCAGCCAGACACUGAUUAUUCCUUCGUGCUGAUGAGUCGAGGGAACAGCGCUGGCGGCCUUCAGCAGCAGGUCUCCAUCCGAACAGCUCCAGACCUGCUGACAAUGAAACCGGCUCGAUACCAAGACGAAGUGGAGGAAGGUGGGAAAGUGACUAUCAGCCUGCCCAAGGUCUCUGCUGGAGCCUCUGUCAGGUGGUACUACAUAGUGGUUGUCCCGGUCACUACAGCUUCUCAGAGAAGAUGGGAGAACCCUGAAGACAUGGACAUACAUGAGCUUCUAGAGGCCGAUGCUGACAGCAGUCUCCAGAGGAAGAAGAGACAGAGCCAGGACUUUCUGCAGCCAUACAUCGCUGCCAAGCUGGAUGCUCUGCCUGAGAUCUUCACUCUGGGUGAUGAAAAGAAAUACAGUGGCUACUACAACAAACCGCUUCCUGGCCAGCAGCAGUAUCGCUGCUUUGUGCUGGCUGACCUGGCGGACCACGAGUCUCAGAGGACAUUUGCAGCCAGUCCGUUCUCCGAGCCACUUAUGGUGAAGCUCAGCGGGGUGAUCCGACAGCCUCAGGAGGACCCGGAGAUGCUGUGGGUGAUGGGUCCAGUGCUGGCUGUCAUCCUCAUCAUCAUCAUAGUCAUUGCUAUUUUACUCUUCAAGAGAAAACGAACAUCUCCAGCCAAGGACGAGCACAUGGCGGGGGUGAAAGACUCCCUGCUGGCCCACUCCUCAGACCCUGUGGAGAUGAGGAGACUCAACUAUCAGACUCAAGGUUCCAGUGCCCUCAGUGUCCCGAACACCCCAAGGAUGAGGGAACAUCCUCCCAUUGCUAUUUGUGAUCUGGCUGACCACACCGAGCGACUCAAGGCCAACGACGGUCUGCACUUCUCUCAGGAGUAUGAGUCUAUUGAUCCAGGACAGCAGUUCACCUGGGAGCACUCCAACCUGGAGGUCAACAAGCCAAAGAACCGCUAUGCAAAUGUUAUCGCCUACGACCACUCUAGAGUUAUUCUCACACCUGUGGACGCAGGAGUUCCAGGUAGCGACUACAUAAAUGCCAACUACAUUGAUGGCUACAGGAAGCAGAAUGCCUACAUCGCCACACAGGGCCCGCUGCCGGAGACACUGAGUGAUUUUUGGAGGAUGGUAUGGGAGCAAAGGACCUGCACUAUCGUCAUGAUGACCCGCCUGGAGGAGAAGUCACGGGUAAAGUGUGACCAGUAUUGGCCCAGUCGAGGCACAGAGACAUAUGGGAUGAUUCAGGUGACCAUGCUGGACACUGUGGAGCUGGCUACGUACAGCGUGAGAACAUUCGCCCUUUAUAAGAAUGGCUCCAGUGAGAAAAGAGAAGUUCGACAGUUCCAGUUUCUGGCCUGGCCUGACCACGGCGUGCCUGAGUAUCCCACCCCAACACUGGCCUUUCUACGCAGAGUCAAGGCCUGUAACCCUCCAGAUGCUGGACCCAUGGUGGUUCACUGCAGCGCUGGUGUGGGUCGGACGGGUUGCUUCAUUGUGAUCGACGCCAUGCUGGAGAGGAUGAAACACGAGAAGUCGGUGGACAUAUACGGCCAUGUGACGUGUAUGCGAGCUCAAAGGAACUACAUGGUUCAGACGGAGGAUCAGUACAUAUUCAUCCACGAGGCCCUGCUGGAAGCUGCAACGUGUGGCAACACAGAAGUUCCCGCCCGCAACCUGUACGCCCACAUCCAGAAGCUCACCCAGGUCCCUCCUGGAGACACCGUCACAGCCAUGGAACUGGAGUUUAAGAAACUGGCCAACUCGAAAGCACAUACCUCAAGAUUCAUCAGUGCCAACCUGCCGUGUAACAAAUUCAAGAACCGCCUGGUGAACAUCAUGCCUUUCGAGUCCACUCGUGUCUGCCUGCAGCCAAUCAGAGGGGUGGAGGGCUCCGACUACAUCAACGCCAGCUUCAUUGACGGAUACAGGCAGCAGAAAGCGUACAUGGCCACCCAGGGCCCAUUAGCCGAGACCACGGAGGACUUCUGGAGAAUGCUGUGGGAACACAACUCCACCAUAGUAGUCAUGCUCACCAAGCUCCGCGAGAUGGGACGGGAGAAGUGCCAUCAGUACUGGCCUGCCGAGCGCUCUGCACGCUACCAGUACUUUGUUGUGGACCCCAUGGCUGAGUACAACAUGCCCCAGUACAUCCUCAGAGAGUUCAAAGUCACAGAUGCCAGGGAUGGUCAGUCGAGGACCAUCAGGCAGUUUCAGUUCACCGACUGGCCCGAGCAAGGAGUGCCAAAAACCGGAGAGGGAUUCAUCGACUUCAUCGGCCAAGUCCAUAAAACUAAAGAGCAGUUUGGUCAAGACGGACCAAUCACUGUGCACUGCAGUGCUGGUGUUGGGCGGACUGGUGUCUUCAUCACUCUGAGCAUCGUCCUGGAGAGGAUGAGGUACGAGGGAGUGGUCGACCUCUUCCAGACCGUCAAGACUCUCCGAACUCAGAGGCCUGCCAUGGUGCAGACAGAGGACCAGUACCAACUGUGCUACCGGGCUGCUCUGGAGUACCUGGGAAGCUUUGACCACUAUGCAACAUAACCCCACCCAGAAAGACACCCUCAGCCAAGUUCGGUGUCUCCUCUGAGCCAUAUCCACUCAGCUCCAUCAGUCCCUGUGGCCUGAUGUGGAGGCUACGAGGAGGACUGAUGAGGACAGCAGGAAUCAGAGGAGAUGAAAGGAAAGUGGAGAGAAAUCCUCCUGGACUGGUGCCAUGAUUCUGCCACAGACACCCCCCCCCCAAACCACCACCAAAACCUCCCAACCCUAACAGACUUGUACUGUAGUCAUGCCUCAUUCUGAUUCCCGCCACUCCCACUUUCUGCCUCCUCUUAACAGCAAAAACAAAUUUUCUGCUCUUUUCAUUUAUACUCAUCAUGUUGUUCUGCAUAUUUAGAAUUUAUUUUGUGAUCACUUACACUGGUUAUAUAUGUCUUAAUGGGCCUUUUCUUAUUUUGCUUAUCUUUUUAUUAUCAUUUUUAUUAGCACACAGGACAUGUGUUUUCAACAUGCUCCAAGUUAUUAAUCCUGGAGAUCGUAUACUCACAGCUGCUAAUGAUUUUAUUUUGUACCAUAGAUAUGAUAUUCUAAUAUUAUCGUUGGUCUUAUUUAGAGGGAAACGUGGGUUUUGACUUUCUGUCUUGACAUCCAACAGAACACUGACAUUUACCAAACAGAUCCAAUAAGCAGAUACGGUUUGUGAGCUACAUGGCUAUAAAUGUGCAAAGACUAUUCACAUCUGAAUAACUGCUAGCAUGUACAGAGUUUCUCGUCAUUAACUGUUGACUAAUUUUCUGGAGACUUUCAACAAAAGAAAUCCGAAGCUGUUGGAACGAUAUGGGUGUACUCUUAACGUGGACUCAGGUAGACGAAACACAGAUGGCCUCUUCGGGAGAUUUUUUGUGAAAUUACGUCAGAUGCAGAUCUCAUGCUCUGUGCAUGAGUAAAGAAAAGACAACACGGAAGAACUUCAACCCCUCCAACCCCAGUUUAUGACAAGAUGUUUCCUAUCGAGAGCAUCAGUCUUGUACUCAACCUUUACCUUGAGAGCUGAAUCCAGAUUUAUAUGUUGUUAUUCUUACUGUCAGAAAAUCCCAUGAAAAGACCAACACCAAUGAUUUCGUAGUCUGUGGCUCUCACCACCAAACCCACUGGUUUCUACUGAAAAUAAACAUAGUUAAAAAUGGCAAAGAUUAGUUUCCAUUGUAAAAAUUAUUCACGAUUUGAUUUGUGCAUUUUCGUAGGACUGAUUUUUUGUGUUGGACACCAUCACUGCAUCCUGGGCUUAGCACUACCCAGGAUGGCUGUGAUUGGUUAAAAAAAUACAAACAAGCCUGAGCGGUUUUUACCCGCUAUGGCAGAAUGAUAACAAGGUGCAGCCAGACCAUUCUACAGCAAUGAUCCAGAGCUGUGAGGAUAUUUGGGCAAGCAAAAUGAUGUAUGUGGAGGUAAAGCAACAUAUACCAGCGUUUUUCCUGCUUUAAAGAAUUGUUGCCAACCUCCAAGGAGGUUUUAGUCAGUGCCAACGGAAAAUUACCAGCAAAAAUAAUUAUAACUGGGAAACAAUUUUGUUAAUUGGGAUUUCAAACAAGAAGUGUUUGGUCAGAAAUAACAAGAAAAUGCACAGAUAGUUAUCUAAUAAGGUACACACAAUGUCAUGCAUAGUCAUUAGUACUUGUAGAAUCAAAUUGUUCAUGGUUUGAGCCUUCACGUGGGAUUUUUUGACACAGAAAAAAAAAUGUUGAUGUUUUUAAAGAGUUCUCACCUGAAUUUUACAGCAUUAUCAGUGUAACGCUGAAGGGGCCGAUAUUAGACCAUUUGAAAACUCACAAAAUAUGAAGUCCCAGUUCAACAAGGACGGGCCGCACAAACAGAUACGCUGGCUCCCCAUUUCAGAUAUAUUACAAUUAUUCUAUCACUGUGUUGCAGAUGGACAGACUUGUAACUCAGAGCAACAUCACGGUUCACUAGUGGAUCUCUGUGGUUUUCACUGGAUGACAGAGUGAGGUGGGUUUCGGAUGAAGUGGAUUCAUUUCACAUAGUCGUGCUGUAGGGGUCCUAUCUGUUGUACAAAUGAUCUGUUUUCUAUUUGUUAAUAAAAAGCAGAGAAAAUGUCUUGAAAACCUUGAUGUUAAUAAAGUUGAAUAAUUGGGUUUUUAAUAUAAAA